CUUAACAAAUCCAUUGUACAAGAAGCACUCUGAAGAGGCAAGAUGAGUUGAACGGCAUUCAUUCAGCAGACUCCUGUACCGUGUUCAACUGGUGAACAACCCAGAGGCCUUGUUGACGGACAAGUUUGCAACCAACAUCAAACCAACCCGACUAACAAACAUUGUUGAAAGAAGUCCUGUUUCUCUGGACUGCAGCACGACAAAAUGGUGAAUCUAACUUAUCAGCUGUUGUCAGUUACAGUUGUUCUUGGUGCUGUUCAACUCAUCAGUGGUUACAGCUUCAACAACUGCAUUGAAGACCCACACUUAAAAGGACAAAGUUUCAACUGCAUCCGUCGGAAGAACAAGAAUAUGAAGGAUAUUAUAAAUGACCUGCCACAAUCUGCCAUCAAUCUCACCAUCUCUAUUAAUCCUGUGUGGUACAUUCCCAACAGGAGCUUUGUUCAUCUACCAAACCUUCAACACCUGAGAAUAGAUCAUAAUCAUUUGAGUAUCAUCAAUCAAUAUGCUUUUCAAAACCUGUCUCAACUUAAGUCUCUAAAUUUGUCCCUUAACAACAUAUCAGCGCUCCAUCCUUUUCUGUUUAAGGACCUGCCCAACCUCACCUUUCUCUCGCUGUCAAACAAUAAACUAAAGCAGCUCCCAGAGAGCAUUUUCUCCACUGUUUUCCAGCUAGACACUUUAAUCAUGAGGCAAAACCUUCUGAUGAAUUUCUCAGGGAUUGCUAAAUCCGUGUCGCAUCUAAAAAAUCUGAGAGUACUAGAUCUUUGCUUUAACAGUUUGACCUCUCUCAGCCACUCAAAUGUGUCACUACCCAAAAACCUCACUAUGUUGUAUUUAUGUAGAAAUAAACUGUCUACGUUAGGAUGCAAACCCUCGUUCCUCGGGUUCAUCCAGCUACUUGAUUUGUCAUACAAUUCCAGGCUUCCUACGGUGGCAUUUCAAGAUGUGGAUUUGAGACAUAUAAACUAUCUGCGUUUGCGUUCAACAAGUGUCAACAUAGUGGAGUUUUUAAGCAACAGCAACGUCUAUGCAGGUCAUGUUGAUUUCUCUGGCACAGGUCUAAAAAAUGACAGCCUCCUCAUGGAGCUAUGCAGACUGUUAAAGAGAAAAUUAAAACGGAUUAAAAACUUAGGGCUGGGUAAUAAUGGGAUUGCGAAUCUAACAGACACACUAUGCCAUUGUCCUACAAUCACAGGGGCUUUGGAUAUAUCCCGCAACCAACUGAAAAUAUCAAGUUUUUGUCUAAACUUUCUCAAAAAUCAGACACAAAUAAAAAGCUUCAGUUCAGAGCACAACCAUCUCACCUCCCUCCCGUCUUGUAAAAACCAAAAGACGCAUUUCCCAAAACUGGAAGAGCUGAGCUAUCGUUACAACCGUAUCCUCUCAGUCAACGCUUACGCUUUCAAUCACACACCAAAUGUAAAGACACUUAAACUUAACAUAAACACAAUUGCUUUUCUUGACCGUAAAGCUCUCAAAGGGCUAAAAAAGCUUGAGACCCUCCGUUUGGACAAUAAUCUCUUAACUGAUUUGUUCAAUAACACCUUUGAAGAUCUUUUAAAUCUGCAAAUCCUUAACCUACGUAACAAUCGUAUUUCUGUUAUUUUUAAUGGGACCUUCCUCAACCUCACGAAACUGACUACACUGGACCUAGGAGGUAAUAAAAUCACUCAUUUUGAGCGUUCUGGUCUUGAUGGACUAAAAAGUCUGUCCAAAUUCUAUCUAGAUGGAAACAAUCUCAAAACAAUUGACACCUCCCUCUAUCAUGCAUUUCAAGACACACUCACAGUUCUGGAUUUACAGAGUAAUCAGAUUUGCUUCCUCACUGAAAGUAUCUCUUAUUCCCCAUUUAUGAAUCUCAGCAAACUCAGUGAUCUGAAAUUGGACAGUCAGCGGCCUCAUGGCCUCGUCGUUUUACCCCGCACUUUUUUCCGUGGACUCCACUCACUGAAAUCUCUGUAUCUCACCAACAAUAACAUCUUUCAUCUUGCUCCUGAUGUCUUUGAUGAUCUGACAGGCUUACAGUUCCUCACACUGGAUAACUGCUGUGUUGGGGUGGCGCAACUACAACCAGGAGCCUUUAAAAAUCAAAGAAAUUUAAGCAAAUUGAUUGUAGAAAAUAUGGGCAUUCAGAACUUCUCAAAGGAGGUUUUUGGGAAUCUUACACAGUUACACACCCUGCAGCUCAACCGCAAUGUGAUGCAGAGCAUUCCUGUUGAUGCACUAGAUAGUUUACCUAACCUCCACUACCUUGACAUACGUAAUACUCCUCUAAGCUGCACCUGCAAGAACAGCUUGCUGAAAAACUGGACAAAACAUAACCUAAAUGUCCAGGUGGUCUAUCUCUACAAUCUGCCAUGCCCACACAAUGCAAAACUCAAAUUCUACAACUUUGAUACCAAGGUUUGUUACAUAGAUUUAGGAGAGUACCUGUUCCUUAGCACAACACUUUGGAUCUUCCUGUUCACAGUCACUCCUUUACUUUAUGUCAAACUCUACUGGAAAAUGAAGUACAGCUACUACGUGUUCCGCUCCUGGUUUAGUGAGCAGUGGCGCAGACUCAGGGAGGAGGAGGAAAAUUGCAAAUAUGACGCGUUUAUUUCCUAUAAUUCUGCUGAUGAACAAUGGGUCAUGGAUCAGUUGCUGCCCAACCUGGAGGGACAUGGUUCAUCUUUUAAACUUUGCCUUCAUCACAGGGAUUUUGAGCUGGGCCGCGAUAUUGUGGACAACAUCGUCUCUGCUGUGUAUGGCAGUCGUAAAACUAUUUGUGUGGUGAGCAGGAAUUUCCUACGAAGUGAGUGGUGCUCUCUGGAAAUCCAACUGGCCAGCUACCGCCUCUUCGAUGAGCAACGGGAUGUUCUCCUGCUUGUGUUUCUGGAGCCGAUCUCUGAGAGGCAGCUGUCGUCCUAUCACCGCAUGAGAAAAGUGAUGUUAAAAAAGACUUACCUGCAGUGGCCUGACUCAGACUGCCAUGACCCGAUACAGGCCCAAGAACUGUUUUGGAAUCAGCUACGCAGGGCAAUAAGAGCAGGUAGCAGACUCAAAACGGAAGAAAAUGACAAAAGCCCAGGUUCUGAAACUGAACAUUUUAAGAGUUACACAUCAGAUGAAAACUAUUACUUGCAACCUUAAAAAUAUUUUAUUUUAUUAAUGAUUGUCAAGACAAACCUCCCAGUAAAUGAGUAAUUAUAUUAUUAAGAGUGUCAUGACAAUAUGGUGUAAAUAAGUAGUGAGAUGCGUUGUAAGACCAGUAACAAUCCUUUAUUAUAAUCAUUUAUACAACCAUGAAUCAGAAUUUAAUAUCUCUGCUCAGCUUAAUUGUAUAUUUAGCAAUGCUUAAUAUUGCAUGUCUAUUGCACAAUUGUACAAAUGUGUUUUUUUUUGCAUUUAAAUGUAGCCCAUAGGUAACAAAAAAACAAACAAAGAGCUUU